GGCCCGCCUUCAUUCUCUAAUACUAAACUCACUACCACCUCAGUCUCAAUCUCUCUUUUCUCAAGCUCUGAAAUCCCCUAAACCCUUUUGGCGAGUGAAGCUCACGAAUUGCGUUGUGAUUUCCAGGUUGUUGUGUGAAGCGAAAAGGAAGAGCUUGAUUUGGAAGACAUGGGAUAUAUUGGUCAACAUGGUGUGAAUGCUUUGCAUAAAUACAAGUAUAGUGGUGUGGAUCACUCUUUGGUCUCCAAAUAUGUCUUGAAUCCCUUCUGGACGCGCUUUGUUAACUUCUUUCCACUGUGGAUGCCGCCCAACAUGAUAACACUUACAGGGUUCAUAUUCUUGUCCACAUCUGCGCUGCUCGGCUACAUAUAUUCACCAAGAUUGGAUUCAGCUCCUCCUAGAUGGGUCAAUAUAGCUCAUGGGUUGCUACUUUUUCUAUACCAGACCUUUGACGCGGUUGAUGGGAAGCAAGCGAGACGUACCAAUUCCUCUAGUCCACUAGGCGAACUGUUUGACCAUGGAUGUGAUGCGCUUGCAUGUGCGCUUGAAGCUUUGGCCUUUGGGAGCACUGCAAUGUGUGGAACAAAUACUUUCUGGUUCUGGGUGAUUUCAGCUGUUCCAUUUUACUUUGCAACAUGGGAGCAUUAUUUUACCAAUACCCUAAUACUUCCAGUCUUUAAUGGGCCGACCGAGGGUCUCUUGCUGAUAUAUUUGACUCAUUGUUUCACAGCACUUGUUGGUUCUGAGUGGUGGGCUCAACCAUUUGGAAAGUCUUUGCCUCUUCUGAGUUGGAUCCCUUUUCUAAGUGAAAUUACGAUGUCCAAUGCUGUGUUGUUGCUAAUGAUAGCUUUUGCUGUUCUCCCAACAGUGACAUUCAAUGUUAUGAAUGUUUAUAAGGUCGUUCAGGCUAGGAAAGGCAGCAUGCUAGUGGCACUGGCAAUGCUUUAUCCAUUUGCUGUUCUUUUGGGAGUAGUUUUGGCAUGGGAUUACUUGUCACCAGCAGGCAUCAUGAAGAACUAUCCACAUUUAGUCAUAAUGGGAACCGGGCUUGCUUUUGGGUACCUUGUGGGAAGAAUGAUUCUUGCUCACUUGUGUGAUGAGCCGAAGGGCUUGAAAACUGGAAUGUGCAUGUCAUUGUUGUAUCUCCCAUUUGCCAUUGCAAAUGCACUCACAGCUAGACUGAAUGAUGGCGUCCCAUUGGUUGAUGACAGUUUGGUUCUCCUCGGUUACUGUGCAUUUACAGGGACACUCUAUCUUCACUUUGCAACAUCAGUCAUUCAUGAAAUAACGACUGCCUUGGGAAUAUAUUGCUUCAGGAUAACUAGGAAAGAAGCUUGAGUUCUGGUUGUGUUGACUUUUGGGUCUGUUCUCCGCCCAUUCAUUUCAUCCUUUUAUAUAAAGUCCAAUGAUGCAGUCCAAGUGAAGCUUUUAGUGAAUUCAGAUUUUGUGCAACUAACAACUUUAUAGGAUGCAUUGAUCAAGAUCCAAAUUAUUUUCAUUACACAAUCCUUGUAAUCAUAUUGUGAUUUAAUCAUCCAACAAUACCCUCUUCGAUGUUAUUCAUAUAGCUGCAAUGCAAUCCAAACAAGCCAACAUAGAUCAUAGAUGGAUGGCCGCUAUGUUGUAUAUGAGGGUUUAGCCUACAUGUUCUCCUCUCUUUCGUCACUGUUUUUCUUCUUUCUUUUCUUCAAUAAAUUCUUCACUUUGCUGAGGCUUGCCAAAAGAGAAAGAAACAAAAAUGACAGGUUGUACUAAGGAAUUGUGAUGAUUUGGUGUA